GGGUGUGUUGAUAUCACGUGACGGCCUGUCUUUCUCACGUGACAUUGUUUUGCCUGAGCCGCUGCUCCACUAUCAGCCUCACAACGUGUAGACAUUUAUUAUGGCAAGAAAUGAGGAGAAACAACAAGGGAGACUGAAUAGACUGUGGCUUCAAAAGGAGAGGGAGGAAGGACGUCUCAAACAUGUACAUGAGCAGAGACCCAAACUGUCUACUCUUAAUUCAGCUUCUUCUGUGAAAAAGUGGAUACCAAGCAUUAAGAAUGAAAUAGAGUAUUACUUGCAGCAGUCUCAGCUGUCUCAUUACCCAGAGAGGAAGAUAGCUGAGUUUCAGCUGCACAUUGAAGCUUUAGAGAAAGAGUACAAAAGAUUUAUUACCAAGCUCCGUGUUCUCGACCCAUCGUGCAAACAUAAGCCAUGGACUCCUCGAGCCUACUGUAAAAGGAGAGCUGACCAACAAGAUUCUCCUUGUACUGUUAAAAUCCCUCGUCACUCUGAGAUACAUGAUGACAACACUCAGCUGAGAGCAGGUAAAAGUGACUUGGCCAAAAGUUGGACAGGAAGUCACCAAACCUCAACCUCUGAGAGACAUAAAGUUCUCAGCCAAUCGGACACCAGGUUUCCAACCCACAUCCCCUCCAGCUCAGUUACACUCUGCACAGAGGACCAGGACCAGCCCCUCUCAUUUGAUAAAACACGACUAGCAGUGGCAGCUGCAGCGUUCAGAGGAUCAUCUGUUCACCUCGGCUCCUCUCAGGCACAGAGCUUAGCUCAAGUACUGCAGUCUGGUUUACCAAACCUGGUUAAUUCAGCAUCAGGACAAAGGUUUUCCAUUCAGAUCAGUGACUCUUUAGGCAUCAGAGAGAAUAAUGACAAGCUAACAAAAGAAUCUGCCUAUGGACAGAAAGAUGCAGCUCUAGAACAAAAGUCAGACUGUGAUCCAGAAGAGAGGAACCCUGAGGAAUCAUUAAGUUCUGGGAUGAUUAAGGAGAAGGCAGGUCAUCUACUGGGACUGGACUGUUAUUCUUCGUCUGAUGAGGAGUUUGAUACUUUGCAUCAAAAAAUGUAAUGGUUCACAAUUUUGUAUUUGCUCAGCACUUUUCUUUUGUGGAAUAUUAAUUUUAAUAGACAAAAUCAACUUUAUAAUAACUGUCACAAUAUUAAAAAAAAAAAAAAACAAUACAGAGAAAACAAUUUUCAGAUGUUCUUAGUGCUAUCUCAACUAAUCAACUAUUUCACAGACUAUUUAGAGUGACCAGUUAACCUGUCAAGGUGCACG